CGGUGCAGCUGAACGGAAAGCCGCGGCAUGCUGCCGGGUGCUGGGAAGCUGCCCAUGCCCGGUCCUGCCCACCUGCCGCUCAGGCCCCUGCCCAGCCCCGCAGGACGGAAGCCCGACUGACGUCGCAGGGAACCCUUCAACAAACUCCUGAGUGAAUGGGGUUCAGUGACUGAGGAAGCCCGGCUAGAGAGAGAGGACACUGGGUUCUCUAGCUGCCAUCCCAAGCUUAAUGAUUGUCCAGAAGGCAGCUAUAAAGAGAGCCUGGGUGGAGGAGGAAGCAGAAAAAACAGCUCAGCAGAUCUGGGCACUGAGAGAGCUGCAAGCAGGAACAGUCAAGGGACUGUGGUCAGAAGCACUGUGACCUGCCCGGAGGGGCCUGCUCUCUUCUGCCAUGGCAGUCCAAGGCUACGGCUAUUACCGCACUGUCAUCUUUACAGCCAUGUUUGGGGGCUACAGCCUGUACUACUUCAACCGAAAGACCUUUUCCUUUGUCAUGCCAUCCUUGGUGGAGGAGAUCCCUCUGGACAAGGAUGAUCUGGGGCUCAUCGCCAGCAGUCAGUCGGCAGCCUAUGCCAUCAGCAAGUUUGUGAGCGGGGUGCUGUCUGACCAGUUGAGUGCUCGCUGGCUCUUCUCCUCUGGGCUGCUCCUGGUCGGCCUAGUCAACGUAGUCUUUUCUUGGAGCUCCACAGUACCAGUCUUUGCCGCUCUCUGGUUUCUUAAUGGCCUGGCACAGGGGCUGGGCUGGCCCCCUUGUGGGAAGAUUCUACGGAAGUGGUUUGAGCCAUCCCAAUUUGGUACUUGGUGGGCUGUGCUGUCAACCAGCAUGAACCUGGCUGGAGGGCUGGGCCCUAUCCUGGCAACUGUCCUUGCCCAGAGCUACAGCUGGCGCAGCACACUGGCCCUGUCUGGGACACUGUGCGUAGUUGUUUCCUUUCUCUGUCUGCUGCUCAUUCACAAUGAACCUGCAGAUGUUGGACUCCAUAACCUGGGCCCUACCCCUGCCAAGGAGAAGAAGGGUUCACUGAAGGAAGAGAGCACCCUACAAGAGCUGCUGCUGUCUCCCUAUCUAUGGGUACUUUCCACUGGCUACCUUGUGGUCUUUGGAGUAAAGACCUGUUGUACAGACUGGGGCCAAUUCUUCCUCAUCCAGGAGAAAGGACACUCCGCCCUUAUGGGUAGUUCCUACAUGAGUGCAGUGGAGGUUGGGGGUCUUGUAGGCAGUAUUGCAGCAGGCUACCUGUCAGACCGGGCAAUGGCAAAGGUGGGGCCAUCUAUGUAUGGAAACCCUCGCCAUGGCCUGUUGCUGUUCAUGAUGGCUGGUAUGACUGGGUCCAUGUACCUGUUCCGGGUAACAGUGACCAGUGGCUCGCCCAAGGAUGUUUGGACUUUCUGGACUCCAGCUCUCUACCCUUUUGCUGAGUUCACAGGCUUUACGGAGCAUGAGAUCUGGAUCCUUGUGUUGGGAGCUGUGUUUGGAUUUUCUUCUUAUGGUCCCAUUGCCUUAUUUGGAGUCAUAGCCAAUGAGAGUGCUCCUCCCAACUUGUGUGGCACCUCUCAUGCCAUUGUGGGACUCAUGGCCAAUGUGGGCGGCUUUCUGGCUGGGCUACCCUUCAGCACCAUCGCCAAGCACUAUAGCUGGAGCACAGCCUUCCUCGUGGCAGAGAUGAUUUGUGGUGCCAGCACAGUUGUCUUCUUCUUGCUUCGAAACAUCUGCACCAAGAUGGGCCGAAUACCCAAGAAGUCUGAGUGAAGAGAGUCCCCACUAUGGAGCAUCCCUACCUGCCUCUUCCCUAGUACAGUACAGAAAGGGAAGGGGCUGCUCUGGCUAGCACAAAACCUUCAACUGGAACCUGUGCUUCAUGUCUGCACCUCCCCCUGGCCACAAAUGGUGCUGCAAGUCAUUAGUGGCUAAUGAAGUCCCAGCUCCCAUCCUAUGCUCUAUUUAAGUGAUAGUGUUUGUUUUUGGACUCCCAUCAGCUACUCUUUCUACCUUCAAGCAAAAAACAAAAAACAACAACAAACAAACCAACCCAGUUCCUGCAGUCAGGGUAUCUCCUGUGCCCUCUCCUGACCUGGGCCUGUCCAGUCCCCAACCUAUCCAUCUCCUCCUGAGGUAAACCUGUCUCAUCAACUUCAGAAUAUUAA